AUGUCGAACCCUCUUUUACGUACCCUGCGUACAUCGCGUCAUAUUCUCUCCUCUUCCCCAUCCCGGUUAUCUACCAAACGAUAUGCAUCCACCACAACUGCGACCGGCACAUCCACUCUUCUCACCCGCUCAAAGAACAUCCUCUUCGGAACCUCGAUCGCUCUCACCCUCGGCUUCAGCUACCUCUACAUAACCGAUACCCGCGCCAGCAUCCACCGAUGGCUCGUCGUGCCCGCUCUCCGCGCCAUCUACCCCGACGCCGAAGAAGCGCACCACGUCGGCACUUCUGCGCUGCAAACCCUCUACUCCUUCAACCUACACGCGCGCGAUCGCAGUUUCCGUGCCGGCGCCGAUAAAGCAGAUUUAAGCAUCGACGUCUGGGAACACCGGUUACAGAACCCCAUUGGCACAUCUGCGGGACUGGACAAAUUGGCCCAGGUACCCGAUGCGCUGUUUGCGAUGGGGCCUGCGGUUGUGGAGGUUGGAGGGUGCACGCCGCGGGCGCAAGAGGGGAAUCCAAAGCCGAGGGUUUUUCGCAUACCGAGUCAGAAGGCGUUGAUUAAUAGGUAUGGGCUUAAUUCGAAGGGGGCGGAUGAUAUGGCGAUGCGGUUGAGGGAGCGGGUAAGGUUGUUUGCUUAUCGGAAUGGAUUGGGGGUGGGUGAGGAUGCGGAGAGGAAGGUUUUAGAUGGGGAGGCUGGGGUUCCUCCGGGGAGUUUGGUGGAGGGGAAGUUGUUGGCGGUGCAGGUUGCGAAGAAUAAGGAUACGGAGGGUGAUGAUAUUGAGGCUGUAAGGAGAGACUACGUUUACUGUGUUGAGAGAUUGGCUCCAUAUGCCGAUAUCUUAGUCGUCAACGUCAGUAGCCCCAACACACCCGGUUUGCGAACAUUACAAAAGGUCGAGCCACUAUCCCGCAUCUUAGAAGGAGUAGUUUUAGCCGCGCAAUCCGUAGACCGGAAAACGAAGCCGAGGGUCAUGGUCAAAGUAUCACCCGACGAAGAUCAAGACUCGCAACUCGAGGGGAUCGUGGAAGCCAUAUGGCGCAGUGGCGUCGACGGUGUAAUCGUAGGCAACACUACCAACCGAAGAGACAAGCUCAUCCCCGACAACAUCAACAUCUCCCCCAGAGAACGUCGGAUUCUCGAAGAACAGGGGGGAUUUUCCGGUCCACCAAUGUUCGAGCGAACGUUAUCUUUGGUAAAGAGAUACAGAGCUCUACUUGAUCGAGGACCACCACUACAAAAUACCAACACUAACAUCGCUGCGAAAUCAAACACAGACACAAAUACAAAUAACGAAAGUCUCGCAUCCAACAGUAGCAUUUCCGAAAAAGUGAAAUCUCUCACCGCAAACACCGAUUCGAAGAGUAAUAACAACAAUCAAAAAGUGAUCUUCGCAACCGGCGGUAUCACGAAUGGAAAACAGGCCUUAGAGAUCCUCAAUGCAGGCGCCAGUGUAGCCCAAGUUUAUACUGCUUUGUGA